UUAGAUCAUUCCUUUGAUGUCCUCAAAAAGUCCAAGCAUGCUCCAACAUUCCUUGCUGCAGGUCAGCUUACUGACAUGCUAAAUGGCGGUGACGAAGUCUAUGCUAACUGUAUGGUGAUAGAUCAGGUUGGUGACUUGGCUAUCAACUAUAUUAACAUAGAGGGGAUCUCCACCCACACCAGCUCUGAAUCCAUGGAGUCCACUCUGGGGCCUCAGAGUUACAAGUGUGCUCCUCCUGAUACCAGCCCCAGUGUGUACCCAUCCGGUGAGAGCAGCGAAGCCACAGCAAACACUGAAGACCAGAAGUCCUUCAAAUCAACACCUAGUUUGUACACUCCCAAUUUGAAUCUUGCUUUUGGUCUUCGUGGAUUUGAAAAGGAACAAAGUCAUCUAAAGAAAAGAAGUUCUAGCCUCGAUGCCCUGGUUGCCAACAGUGAAGGAGAAGUGCAUUCCGAGCAGCCACACCUUUGCCACACUCCAGCAUCUCAGAGUUCCUCAGAAACUGCGGUUCCUACUGGGGAUGAAUUGGACUCUUUGGAGACCAACACUGAACCAGAUUUUAACAUCUCUAGGACGGAAUCACUUUCUCUUUCAAACACUCUGCAGUCAAAGGACUCACUGUUUUCUGGAAUCCGCUCACGAUCUUAUUCCUGCUCAUCACCCAAAAUUUCUUUAGGAAAAUCUCGGCUGGUGCGUGAUUUUACAGUGUGCAAUUCAAGUGAGG